AUGGACGACGGGGGACUGCCCAAACGACUCUUCUAUGGCGACGUCGCCACGGUUUCCCUUCGCCAACGAGGUCGAAUUCGCCGAUACAAGGAUACGCGGAAGUCCUCUCUGAAGCGUCUGCAAAUUAACCCGGCCAACUGGGAAGACCUCGCCAACGACCGACCGACCUGGAGAAGAACAGUGAAGACAGACGCCGCGAUCUAUAAAGCCAACCGCAUCGUUGCCGCCAAAAUUAAACGUGAAGCACGCAAGUCCCAUGUGCGCUCACUCCCAUUCCCAGUGCACAACCGCCUCCAAAGUGCCCACGGUGUCAACGCACAUAUCGGGCACGAAUUGGACUUGUUGGACACCUCCGGAUCAACUGCGCAUCUCAGACCGCACCAACCGGCCAACUCCGCCUCGUCCUCCUCGCCGCCAAAUAAAUCUGACCGCACUUCUGAGCCACCACUUCGAUGCUCCUCCUCCUCCUCCUCCUCCUCCUCCUCCUCCUCCUCCUCUUCCUAUGCUACAACACCAGCUGUUGCGCCGCCUCCCACGCACAUCAACACUGCAAACUACCCUGACGCUCCGGCACACCAACCCCGCCACUGUCGAAACCAGCGGUGA